CUGAGAAACAUCGAAUGCGACGUGGUCACAUUUGUAGAUCUUUUUCAAGUAGCCAUUGCCAUUAAAGCAGUGGCACUAAAGACUGAGAAUUUGGAACUGUUUAAUUGCCUAAAAUUUAUAAAUUUAUGUUCGAAAUCGUAUCAUUUGAGAUACAAUUUGCUGGGAAUGUCUUCUGAUGAAAGCAAAUCUGACGUUCCUUCUGAGGACGAGCGACAAUCGUUUAAUGGAGGUGACUUGAAAAACGAUUUUGCAGCUUCAUCUUCAGAUUCAGACAAGGAUUUUAUUGACUACGAAAAGGAAGUUGAGGAGUUUGAACUACCAAAUAAUGAGUUCCCAAAUGUUCAAAAAAAAAUAGCCACAUUACAGUCUGAAAACAGUGAAAGUGAAACAGAUGAGGAGUCGGAAAAUAAGCCAAAAAAAAAGAAGUCUGUAGAUUCAUCGUCGUCUUCAGAUUCAGAUACAGAAACAGAUGAUGAGGAAGAAGCUGAAAUUACAGAACAGUUGAUCGAAGGCAUAAAAGCAAAAAUGCAGUUAAAGAAAGACGAGGAUGGUAACGACAGCUACACUUUUGAUAUUAACUCCGAUUCAAGGUCAGGGUCGGAACCUGAAGAAAAUGAUGAGGAAGUGGAACGUGAAAUGAUGGAACAGAUAAGAAAGCUGUUGAUGAGGCGAGACGGCAAACAUAACAAAGCCCGGCAACAGUGGCUGCGUUACGAACGGGAAAAAAAAGAAGCUGAAGAAGAAGCAAAACAAUUUCAAGCUUAUUGGGACCGACGUCAUCAAGAAGACCGGGAUUUAUGGAGGGAUAAGGAUUUCGCAAAUGCAGUUGAUAAGAUGAGUCGAGCCGGAUAUAAGGGCGUUCACGGUAAUUAUGAAGUACCUGAAGAAGACAUCGAGAAGUUCAACGCUUUGUACAUGCAGAUAACUUUUGGUGAUUAUGAAGAGAGCAAAGAUCUUGAAAGAAAUGUAAAAUUUUCAGGAAAAACUCGUAUCGACUGUCAACGUGAAUUUAUCAAGAAAACCAAUGAAACAAUAACCAAAUACGGCUGGAACCCGCCAGCCGGUUGGACUUGA